CUGGAAGAGAUUGAGUGUGUGUGUGAGGGGAGGAAGGUGGGAGGGGGUGAGGAUAGAGGAUAGAGGGAAAGAGGGAAAGGCAGGGGCAGGGGCAGGGGCAGGGGCAGGGAAGAGAGAAGAAAGGCUGUGUUCAGCUGGAGGAGAUGGAGAGGAACAGCAACAGGACGGUGGUGGUUACAGGCUUUGGUCCCUUUGGAGAACACACGACCAAUGCAAGCUGGGUUGCUGUGCAGGAAUUACAGAAGCUUGGUCUAGGUGAAGAAGUGGAUCUGUAUGUGUACGAGAUUCCAGUGGAAUAUCAGAAGGUCUUGGAUUUGAUUCCUUCUCUGUGGAAGCGUCAUAACCCUCAGUUGUUCAUCCAUGUUGGAGUUUCAGGAAUGGCCACCACUGUGACACUGGAGAAAUGUGGGCACAACCAGGGAUACAAGGGACUGGAUAACCGAUGUUACUGCCCAGACAAUCACUGCUGUGUCCAGGGAGGACCAGACUGCCUCGAGUCUGUCAUAGACAUGGAUGUCGUGUGUAACAAAAUCACUGACCCACAACUGGACGUGGUCAUUUCUGUCUCACAGGAUGCCGGAAGAUACCUCUGUGAUUUUACCUAUUAUACCUCCCUGCACCUGAGCCAUGGAAAGUCAGCUUUCAUUCACGUGCCUCCUCUAGGGAAACCGUACACAGCUGAGCAGCUGGGCCGGGCUCUCCAAACCAUUAUCGGAGUGAUGCUGGGUGUGCUGGAGCAUCCCACUGCUAAGAUAAACUGCCAGAUGGGGCACUGAGCUCUCAGGAGUGGGUAUUAGGGCAAGCAGAUCUGAAAUCCAAUGGUUUUGCUCUUUCUAAACUGUUAUGGGGUGCAACCCUGAUUAUAGCUGCCGUUGUAAAAUUCACACAUGGGAGGGGGCAAUUGAGUGGGCCUGGAACCUCGAUAACUGAAGUAUAUUCUCUUUGGGGGUGGAGAGUACUCGUGCAGCAUAUUUAAAGUUCAGGUCCCGAAGAUGCUGAGUCGGUACGAAGCCAUGGGCUGGUGUACUGAGUGCAUAUGCACACCGUGAUGCAUUUAAUUCUGCAUUAAUUUUUUUAUACUGUGUUUUAAAAUGAGCCUUUUCUUAUUAAGCAUUUUUAACCCGAGCCUGUGGCAGUGGCUAUGUUUUUGAUAUUGUAAGGUUUGUCGUUAAGUCUGUCACAGUUUUACCCCUCUGUUCUCCUACCUUUAUCUCAUUUGCUUUGACCUUGAUGUGUAUCUCUGCCACUUGCAAGCGCAGCCUUUAUUUUACAUGUGCUUUCUCUCUCUUUCUUUAGAACUGUCAGACUUCUGCUCUCCUCCCUCUGUUUAAGUCUCACGGCUUUUCAUUUUCUCUUUUGGGCUGUCACCUUCUCUUCCACUGGCUGUCUUGCUAUCCUUCUGUGUUUCCCUCUCGCAUGCUGUCAGCUUUCUCUUGCAUUCUCUUUUAAUCUUCCUGAAGCAGAACAAUUUAUGUUCAAGUCUGUGUGAAGAGAAAAGACAGAUGGUCACAGCUCGAUUUUGAACAUUCUCCUGAACUUCACCCCAAAGGCUAAAAAAAAAACCACAGCCCCUGAGGCUGAAUGCACUUAGGCACUUAGAUGUUAUCACUACUCGAAGAGAACACAUGCUCACAGCAUAUGUAUGCAAUGUUUGCUUUGUACUGAAGUCAGUUUUGACUAGAUUUUGUAUUUCUUUAAGGUUUGCGCUAAACUAACCUUAGCUAAGAUGGUUUAAUUAGGUUAAGAUAAUACAAGAAAUGUUAGUUAAUAAGUUAAUGUUACUGUUUUUAUGACCUUAGUUAUUUUGAUGACAGUCCAAGGUUCAUAUCUCUCUUUGUGAGCCUGUUGACACUGGAUUAUCGUUGGACUUCGGUAUGGUUCCACUGCCUUUUUGUUUCCUAUGGGAUUUUGGCACAGGCCUGUUUCUCAGAUAAAUCCAAGGAAACUUGGCAACAUGCUGUCUGUGACGUGAUUGAGAAUGGGAUCUCCCUGUUCUUUAGGAGCUGCAACAUGCUGCGGUCUGUGAUCUGGUGAACAGCUCCUUCUGAUUUCUGCAGAGCGAUUGCACUCCCACUGUGUUCUUCAGUACUGACCUUUAGAGUUUGGCGAUGUUGCGAGGCAGAAACCAGGCAGGCAGUUCCAUCCUUGGAUUUGACUCUGCCUUUCGUGGAAAUUAUUCCCAUCCAGAAAAGGAAGGAAAGAACUGCCAGGAGCAUGCCUUUCCACUAAUUUCUCUUCACUGAUCCUCCUGCAGCUGCGUGCUAGAAGAGGCACAUGGUUUCAUUACACCUGUCCUCACCACAUCUGUAGCCUUUGGAAAUUGGAUUUUGAUGGAGGCUGCAGGCUCUCUUGUGCCUUGGUUAGUAUGUGCCAUGGCUUGGGAAUAGUUGUUCAACUUGCAUGGCAUGGCUCCCCACUGGAGGUGUUUGUGCUGCAUCUUUAACUGGCUUGUGGCAUGAGGACAUUUUUGCUUGUAAUACAAGAAAACAGUGUUGUUAGUUUUCUUAUGGAGGAAGUAGCAUUGUGGGGUAAGUCAUGAGAAGGAGCAACAUGGGGAUCAAUUGGAUAGAUCUUUCAAACAGCUGACACAGGCAUAAUGGGCCAAUGGGCCUCUACCAUAUCCUUCAACAAUUCUAUAAUGCCAUCAGAGAAAGCCACAAGACUGGGCAGGAGGAAGUCAGAUGAGCUUCCAGAGCAGGCAUUGAAACACUUGGUGGAAAGUUGGCUUUAAAUGUUUACGGAAGGAAGGUAUCUCAAUGGAUUAGUCUCCCAAACCCUGAUGGACAAGUUGACAAAUUAAUUCCCUGAAGAUAAAUUUUCCUGGAAACUGCCUGGAUGAGUCUCGAUAAUUUGAGUUGGAGUAAUGAACUAUUGCUGUUGAAUGCACAAUGCUGGUCAGCAAACCUAGUGUGCAGAGAAGCUGCCUCACAAGCCCUGAGGAUUUAAAAGCAAGAUUGUGUGUAGAUUUAAUUGUAGCUGGGAGAUUUAUGAAGGAAGUUCAACAUACUCUAUUUUUAGCAUUAGGCAAUGUAAAUACUGUACUGUAGGAAUAUAUAUAUCAAAGGGGCAGCAUUUAAUUUUAGAAGUGCACAACUUCGACUUUCAUUGCACCUUUUAAUACAACAAGAUGUCCCAGUGUGCUUCAUGACAACGAUACAAGCAAAAUGUAACUUUGAGCUGCACAAAAUUGGUAGCACAGAGGAAAUCCUUUGUUUUAAGGGAUGUCUUAAAGGAGAGGGAGUUGGAGAGGUUUUGGGAGGGAGUACCAGAGUUUAGAGGUCAGGCAACUGUAGGAAUGUUUGUCAAAUGGGACAAAACAAAUUGGGGGGCACAUGAGAUUGGAAGAGCACAGCCAUCCUGGUGUUGGCGGAGAUUGUUGUCUGAGGAGUUUAAGGAGAGGGUUUUUUUUAAAAAAAUCCUUCAGGGCUGCUGGGGAGAUGGGAUUUCCCUGCUGUGCACAGAAACUCGACCUUAGAAGCAGUAGGUGAUUCUCGCUGACUUUGUCAGAUUUAAGAUACAAGAGCUUUUUAAAACUGAGCUGUAUCUGAUUUCUAGAUUGAUUUAAUUAGUGUGAUUGUAACGAUAUGUACCUUCUAUUAUCCACUCCCAGUCUCCAUGAUCACCCAUGUGCUGGAUGUGUUCAUGUUCAUAUGCAAAUUUCUUAAAUCUCUCCUGUUAACUUUGAAAGAGAAGAAAGAAAUGAAGGUACAAGGCAAUAUAUACAGGGUGGUGAUGGCUGAUCGUUUUGUACAUGAGAAGAAAAAUGUUGAUUCUGUAAUUUGCUGAUUUUAGACCUUAAGGUGCUGCACUAUUUGUGGAUUUGUCAAUUUAAUAACUGGUAUUUUCGUUGGAAUGUUUGGCAUGUGGGGGAAGCAUGUCACAGUGAUAGAAGUGCUGCCCUCAGUGUGUAGCUUUCUGCAUCCUGUGACCUGCCCUAUAUUUUUAAAGAUUUUUAAGGAAUUAUUUGAGAAAUAAAGACUAAGGUGCAUCUCAUUCACCAUGAUGAGAGUUGCAUGAUAAACAAUAAUGGCAUCAUGUACGAAUCAUAGCCUUCAAUUUCUGUCAUUUAUCUCUAUCCAGAAUGCACUGUCUGAAAUAAUAAUGGAAGCAGAUUCAAUGGUAACUUGCAACAGCAUUUAAUAUGUCCUUAUAAACAAAAAAGAAACUUCAGUGCCACAGGAAGAGUGAAACUAAAUUGGUAACUCUUACAUGAGUUAGCAAAGGAGCAAUGGACCCAAUGGGUAACUGUCCUUUUUGAUUUUGAUUUUUCUGCCCAGUCCAAAACAGACCCAGGCACAGGAUGAGAGAAUCCCCUCGUGGUCCAAAAGCAUCUAUUCUUCCCAAGCGUGUCUCUUUUCCUGAAUAAAAUUCAACUUAUGCUUAAAAUGGUCAACACAAGCCACUUGCAUCAUCACGCCAGAGAUUUAUUCCAUAGAUUGGUCUGUGUGUGUGACUCGCUCACUCACUGAAAUGUUGUUUUUUGUGGUACCAUCAGACUCAUUCCAAUCUGCAGAUCUACAGGAGAGAUGCUGUGGGAUGGAGCUGCUGCCUCAAGCUUGUCAUUUGGACAUCAUCAAUAACAUUUCCACACUAGGAAUAAUCAAACUUCCAUUUACCUAUCACUUCAGUCUAACUCAUAGCAUUAAUAAGGUAUUUUUUGAGGGGAAGACUCAGUAUUUGAAUGAUGUUCAGCCAGUUUGAGCACAACAAGAUCCUGCAAAGAACAUUUUGGAUGUUGUUUAGGCAAUGCGUAUUGGGUAGGACACUAGGAAAUUCUCCACUGCUGUCCCUCUAAUUGUAUCGAGGAGUCCUUCCAUCUUCAUCUAGGAGGGCACUGCAGGGAAGUGUCAGCUGUGAUCACGUCCUCGACGCUCUGGAUUGGGGCUUGAACUUUAGACUGACUUGGCAAAAGCCAGUGCUGAGUGGGUUGAUUGUGCAUCAGCUGGACUCGGUCGUGAUGGUCAGGAAGUUUGAGUUUCAUGUGCUCUUGAACACUGCACCAAGGUUGACAUUAUCGUACAGUACUGAAGGAGCACGAGGUUGAGAUGUGGAGUCAUGACCCUGUCUGACUCAUCCAGUGACUUGAGAUGCUGAAGAUCCUGUGGCCCUUUUCUGAAACAUUGUGUGCUCUCAGCAUCCUGACCAACAUUGCUCAAUCAUUGCUACCAGCCAGUCGUAAGUUUGUUUAUUCAUUGGUUGUUAUGGAGCCUUACCUUGAAUGAAAUAGUGGCUUAUUUACCUACAAAACAGCUGGUUAUAUCUUGAGAGAUAGUAGGAACUGCAGAUGCUGGAGAAUCUGAGAUAACAAGGUGUAGAGCUGGAUGAACACAGCAGGCCAAGCAGCAUCAGAGGAGCAGGAAGGCUGACGUUUCGGGCCUAGACCCUUCUUCCAUAGUGUAGUGGUUAUCACGUUCACCUCAGACGCGAAAGUCCCCAGUUUGAUCCUGGGUGGGAACAUUAUAGGGUGUGGUUAUAUCUUGAAGCAGUUUUAUCUACCUGAGGUGCUUUUGAGAAUCUAGUGUUGUAUAAAUUCAAGUUGCGUUUCUUACCAGGUUUAGGAAGCAUUCUGUGUCGGUUUACUGUUGUUAGGUGUUGGGUUAGGAGUUUGUAAACUAAGUGCAGUUUUCUAGCUGGUGGCACCAAGCAGCAGUAAGCCAUCCUUUUGGACCAGCUUCAAAUCUUCUGUCCCUGAGGUGAAAAGAACCCCAUCUCAGAGCUAUCCAGUCCCUUCUCACCUGAAACAUUUCAACCAAUCAGUAAACAGCAUUUUGUGCCUACAUUUAAACUGUUGCUCAAAAGUUGAUGUGUCACUUGCUGAGUUGCAGAGAGUCAUUUUUUUUUGUAUUUCAAUAUAGUGAAACUUGAUUGGAUGUUCAAGACUCUAUAUGCAGGAUACUGCCGAGAUUUAAUUGAGUGGAUGACUCCAAGGUUGGUUUUUACAGGAAGACCGAGGUGGUGGAGUGUUAUAUAGGGAUGAGGCGUUAUGGAAAUGCAGGAGAGACAAUAAGGAAUUGUUCCAACACAGUAUGGAGGCAUGAGAGUGCACUGGACAGAAGAGAUAUUUAGAAUGACAGAGGAGAUGAAAAUCCAUGGGUAUGCUGUCUAUAGUGACUGAGUCUCACAGUGGUGGGUGAAUGAGUUUGUAGGGUCAUUUGGUACUGAGCCAGAGGUCAGCUGUCAGGUGAGGUGUUGCUUGUGUCUGGUCCUUGAUGGCGAGGUGUCUCAGCAUCAGAGAGGCAUUGAGCCUUGUGGGGCAAGACAUGAGCAUUGCCAUGAGAAACAAGUGAGUCUACCUAACAGAUGAGAGACAAUGUUGGCUCACCUCCCGCUUGUGUUGAUAUUCAGCUGGAAUGAAGCUUGUGUGAAUGUUCAGAGGAAAAAAAAGUUACAGGUAUGUUGGUGAAGGAGUGGAGCAGGUAGAGCAGACCUCACUGCAAAUUUGUUUUGUCUUUUGACACAGUUUUCUUAAGCCACGAGCAUCUAAGCAGGUAAAAUGAGUCUUUUUAAAUAUUGAAUCUGACCUGAAAGUGCUUGUCAAUAUGGGACUAAGCUUGUACCUUUUCCUGUGCUCUGAACCCUCUGCACAGGGAGCAAACAGGUGUUUCUCUCUGUAAUGUCACCUCUCAACUUGAGGUCAAAUCACCUGCCUUAAAUAAGUAACGCGUGUACAGAUUAUUCAGGGUUCCAUUUCCUGCUCUACUGGCAGUCAAGUCCAAGUCAUGAACAGUAAGACAGUCAUUCUGCUGCAUAUAAGGGUCAGGCCUCUUUAGGAGGCUUAACCUGGUAUCUCUGAUUCUCAAAGGGGAGAAACUGGUUAUAAUUUGACUUUAACUGGUAGUUCUAGUCUGAAAGGAGCAGAAAGUGGAAAUGUCUUUCAGGAACCGGUAGAAGCAAGAAAUUGAUCAGACAGUGGAAGCCUGUCUAUAACCCCAAGCUGUACCUUCCCUUGUUGUGUUUGGGGACAGUGUGGAGACAUUUGUUCUGCCUGACCACAUACUGUGCCAUCCUGGGAGUGUUUAAUGAGCACAGUUUAAAAGGAGCGUUACUCUGUUUCUAACAUCAAAACUGGAGGUAUCCAAAUUUCAGCUGAACAGCCUCCAAUAGACUCAGGGUAAUCAGGGGAGUAAAUAAAGCUGAUGUUACCUAAACCAGUUUGGAGGUCAGUGGGAUGUACUUUGACCAGUUUCCAGAACUGAGACACUGCAGUCCUCUGAGAAUCUACAUCUGCAGAAUGUCAAUGUUCUCUGACUCUGUGAUUAUAGUCAGAAAUCAUGUCUGUGUACAUAUAUAUUUUGGAUAAUGAAUACUCUGCCAGUUUUAAUUUGUCCACCUGUCUGGUUUUGUAAUUAUUAUCCCUCUCUAGGCUAACAUAUUUCCAGACUAAGUGAUUGUGAUGUCAAUGGUGAUGGUUUCGAGCAUUUUAUUGGCAAACUACCAAGUGAUUAACUAGUAAUCCUGGGUUUGAAGAUAAAUCCUUUAGCCACUUCAGAGAUGGGGUAGUUGGGAGAGACAGCAAAAGCACAGGAUGGAGAUUUGACAGGUUUUUUUUUUUUUAAAAAAGCUUUUUACAAAUUGGGAGAAACUAUUUCCUUCGAUGGGAAAUUGGUGAUAAGGUCUUCAAUUGAAAAUUGUCAUGGAGAGUAGGCCGAAGUGGGGAAAUUUCAUUGCAGAGGGUUUGAUGUUUUCCCACCGGGAAUGAUUGAAGCAGAGAUUGGCUUGUUGAGAGAAAAGAAUAAUUGAAACAGAGAGAAGGAGCGCAGAUCUUCAGUAGUUUUGGACUGUUCUAGAGCCAGUGUCGAUGUGUGAUGGAUUGAAAUGUCUAGUAUGUGUAGCAAUGUCUAACAUGCAUUUGUGAACAUGUCCUUUGUUUAUUAUAGCAGAAUUGUGAAUACAUUCCAUUAAAACAUGCAAAAAUUUUCCAAAUUAGUUUGGCUCUCUAACGUAUCAGAAGAUUUAUGGGUUUAUGCCUUGCUCGGGGAUUUGAGCUCCUGACCCAGGCGAGCGCUUGCAUGCAGUAUCCAAGGCUUCUAGCAUUGGCAGAAGCGCCACCUUUCAGAUCAGCUUCCACAUUACAAAUUGAAGCUGUUUUUGGGGCCUUGCUGUUCACAGUAUCCCAGCCACGUCUGCGUCAAGAAAUUUCCUUGGAAAAAUAAGGUGCUGCUUUCCCUUCAGGACUUGUGAACAGCAUGAAUUAUAAGCUUUUAGGGUGUUGCCAUGUGUCACAUUAAGAAGAAUUCCCAGUGUCCAGUCAGUUCAUUUCAUAUAACGGUACAGUUAGGAUCUGAAACAGAAACAGAAAUUGCUGGAAAAGCUCAGCAGGUCUGGCAGCAUCUGU